CUCCCCAGCGGUGCCUGGCCUGGGUGAAGUCUGGAGCAGGACCCUGAAGCUCUCUGUCCUCCAUGCUGCUCACUAGAAAAGGGGCUCUGAGCUGUGCUCUGGCUUUAGCUGACAGGAAGCAUUUCUGGCCCAGCUGGAAGUGAGGAAGAGGGAAGUGAGCCUCCUGAACAACAUCCCAGAGGCUACAGGAUCACCCAACAAUCCUCGAUGUGAAUCAAUCCCAUGAUGCAACAUGCCUCCCCAGCCCCAGCUCUGACAAUGAUGGCCACGCAGAAUGUCCCUCCCCCACCCUACCAGGACAGCCCGCAGAUGACGGCUACUGCCCAGCCACCCUCCAAGGCCCAGGCUGUCCAUAUCUCUGCACCCUCAGCUACGGCCAGCACACCUGUGCCUAGUGCCCCCAUUGACCCUCAGGCCCAGCUGGAGGCUGAUAAGCGAGCUGUGUACAGGCACCCUCUUUUCCCGCUCCUGACGCUGCUGUUUGAGAAAUGUGAACAGGCCACCCAGGGCUCUGAGUGCAUCACCUCCGCCAGCUUUGAUGUGGACAUCGAGAACUUUGUCCACCAGCAGGAGCAGGAGCACAAACCCUUCUUCAGCGAUGAUCCAGAACUGGACAAUCUGAUGGUGAAGGCAAUCCAGGUCCUGAGGAUCCACCUGCUGGAGUUGGAGAAAGUCAAUGAACUCUGCAAGGACUUUUGCAACCGUUAUAUCACCUGCCUCAAAACCAAGAUGCACAGUGAUAACCUGCUCAGGAAUGACCUCGGGGGACCCUACUCCCCCAACCAGCCCUCCAUAAACCUUCACUCACAGGACCUCCUGCAGAAUUCCCCCAAUUCCAUGUCUGGCGUCUCCAAUAACCCCCAGGGGAUUGUGGUCCCAGCCUCAGCGCUCCAGCAGGGCAACAUCGCCAUGACAACCGUCAACUCACAAGUCGUGUCAGGUGGAGCCUUAUACCAACCGGUUACCAUGGUAACCUCCCAGGGUCAGGUGGUCACUCAAGCAAUCCCCCAGGGAGCCAUCCAGAUCCAGAACACACAGGUUAACCUUGACCUCACCUCCCUCCUGGACAAUGAGGAUAAGAAGUCUAAGAACAAACGAGGAGUCUUGCCCAAACAUGCCACCAAUAUAAUGCGUUCUUGGCUCUUCCAACAUCUCAUGCACCCCUACCCCACGGAGGAUGAGAAGAGGCAGAUCGCAGCCCAGACAAACCUCACCCUCCUGCAAGUAAACAACUGGUUCAUCAAUGCCCGGAGGCGCAUCCUGCAGCCCAUGCUUGAUGCCAGUAACCCAGACCCUGCCCCCAAAGCCAAGAAGAUCAAGUCUCAGCACCGGCCCACCCAAAGAUUCUGGCCCAACUCCAUUGCUGCGGGAGUGCUGCAGCAGCAGGGUGGUGCCCCAGGAACAAACCCUGAUGGUUCCAUCAAUUUGGACAACCUGCAGUCCCUGUCCUCAGACAAUGCCACCAUGGCCAUGCAGCAGGCUAUGAUGGCUGCACAUGAUGACUCAUUGGAUGGGACAGAAGAAGAGGAUGAGGACGAGAUGGAGGAGGAGGAGGAAGAAGAGGAGCUGGAGGAGGAGGCCGAUGAGCUGCAGACAACGAAUGUCAGCGACCUGGGCUUGGAACACAGUGACUCCCUGGAGUAGCCAGGCAGCCCAGAAGCGCUGAUCACCAAGCAGGAAAGGAGUGUUGUCAGGAGGGCUUCAGGGUGGGGGGCAGGAGGCAUAGGCAGGGAGCACAAAGGAAGUUGGGCCCCAGCUUCCCCACAUCAGUAGCUUGAAGAAACGCAGAGGAGACACCCUGCUUCUUCCCAACCACCAAGCUUCAAUCAGCACCCCGGCCCCCUUCCCUGGAACCACGGAGGACUCCGUUUGGUGGGGCCGGUGAAGCAGUCUGUGUGGAAAGACAGGAGUGAGAUCUGGACUCACCCAAACCCUGAGGACAGAUGGCACCCACGGGUCCCCCACAGAAGGACUUGAGUUGUUUAUAAGCCCCACACUGUGAGAGGGAUCAAUGCUGUUUGCAGAGUGGGCCUUUUUCAGGGGACAGACUUGGGAGGGAAGGGAGAGACGAAAGAGGGUUGGGAUCUAUCCCCAAAAGUAUCUCAACUGCUUUGAGAGACAUUCGAAGGCAGGAGGAAGCCCAAAAGCAUAACCAAUGGCUGGAGGAGUGGUAGGGCCUAAGGCAAAACAUCCUGCAGAUCAGAGCGAGACCUGGACUCCCUCUGAGGCUCCACCUCAUCCCUCUAGGUCCCUUUCUCUGGAUACAGCAACUGUGGACUUGGGGAGAGAGGGGUGGAGACAGUAAAGCCUCCUUCUCUCUCUCCUGAAAACAAAUUAUCAGCUGGUGGGCUCAACCUGUAAGAGAUUAAGAGGAGCCCCUCUAUCUGGGUUGGCUCCAGGAGCUGAGGAGAUGGCAGAACCUGCACUGGAAGCCAUAUUGAGGUGACUUUGAAGACCACAGCUGUCCCUAGGUGUGUCACAGAACACAGCUCAUGUAACAACAGGACAAUGGUGUCUUACCAUAGAUGGUCCUAUCCUCAGAUGGAGCUCCUCAGACAUUCCAGCCCCUCUGUAGACCUACAGAGAGGGUGGAAUGGAGCCAAAGUGGCUUGGAUUCUUCCCACCUUGCAGGUCCACAAGGCUGUCCUUCUGCUCCUAGGCUGGCACCAUUAGUCUCCAACCUCCCUGAAUAGUUCUAUCCAUCAGAGAAGGCAGAAGGAACAUUGGAAAGAAGCAUCAGUCCAGUGAGAAGCCAGGCUUUGGAGAAGGUGCUACAUCCCUUUUUCCAUCGAUAUCCAAAAUGGCGGGUUAGUGGGGAAUAGCACCCCAAAGACUGUGGUGGUGCCUAAUCCCACCCUCCUCGGUAUUCUGCACACCACCAUCGUACACAGCACUGGAGGAACAGGGGCUCCUGGGAGGAGAAGGCUUUCCACUGUCUGCCCUAACACACAUGCUCCCAGCCCAACUUCCAGGCCCUCACAGUUGGCAUCCUCUCCUCCUGUUCCCUCCUAAACCAUGACUGUGAAUGACAGGACUGAUCACACGUGUGUUUUCCAUUGGAUUUAAUUUAAUGGACGUGCAGUUUCAUUUGUAAAUUGUGCAUUAGCCAUCUCCUUCAGUGGCAGGAUGUGAGCGGCUACCUGGCUCAACUGGAGGGGACCCUCAGGGCCCUCUGGGGCUUCCCCUCCCCUACCUGGUUGGGGUGGAGCAAAAGAAUAGUCGCUUUCCUGAGGUCUCCCUGAAAUGAAUGUAUUUCUCCCCCAAAAGAGCUGAUAUUUAAUGUUUUAAUAGGGAUUUUUGAGAAACAAAUAACCUUAUUUAUAAUCUGGGUGAUCCAAUCAUUUUUUACUCCCUUUUGAUGCCAUAGGUAGAGGAAAGUCUAGCUUUUUUGGCGUGAGACUUUUGCAAUGUGCAGUGGGAUAAAAAUACAUUUCCUCUUCUGGUUCAUUUUUCUUACACACACACACACACACACACACUUCCACUUACCACUUUGAUAAGCAUCCCACCCACCCCACACAGGCACACCCACACACAGGUGCCCACAUCAUUUCCUCCAGCCCCCUCCACCUGCCUAAUGUUAUGCAACCUCCUUCUGAUGUAUCCACCAAACCAGUACUGAAUGUGGCCGAGAAGUUUUCAGUAAAUCUUAUUACCUACCAUAA